AUGAUGGGAAGGGCAUCCCUUGCCAAAGUCUUGCAAUGGCAAGCUGGCAAACAGAACCGCUACCAACAGUUUUUGACAGCAAAAAAGCUUGCCAGCCCUCUGAAAACUGCUGAGCUGGAUAGCCCCUGGCCAAGGUUGAACUGGGCUGGACAACCCAAGGUCAAAGUUAAGUUGGGCUGGACAGCCCCUGCCAAGGUUAAGAAGUUCAGCAUAGGAAAGCUAUCUGCCCUAGAAGUGCAGGAGGUCGCUUCAGCUGCAGUGAAGAGUGGUGCUGACAAUGCAGAGAUGAGAGCCCUGCAAGGAUUAGGAGGUAUGGGGCAUGCAAGAGGAAAUGUUCACAGGGACUUGGUGAGAAAAUAUUUCUCACUGCUGCUGUCCCCAGAGCCAUGGGAAAUCCAAUGCCCCUUGGCUGUGAAGCAAGGGGGGCACAGGAUUGAGAAGGAAGCAUCUACUCACAUGUUGCUGCCCCAUCUUUGGGUGAUUGAGGCCCAGGAGAACAACUUCUUGGGUAACCUGUGCUGCAAGGAUGAGGAGAUUGCUGCCUUUUGGAAGAGUCAAAUGAAGAGCCCCCAAAUGACACCUGAGCUGAAACAAGUGAUAAAGACUUCACAGCCAAGCCAGCUCCCAGUACCAUACCUCUUGCAUGGAGAUGCAGCACCCUUCACAGAAGUGGACAGUAUCCAAGUCCUGAGCUUCAGGUGCCUGCUCUCCAGCAAAGCAGUGACCCAAAGCCAGAUGCUCAUCUCUGCCCUGCCAAAGCUGGCCAUGACCAAGGAGACCUGCAAGAGGAUGAUGGAAGUUUUGGCUUGGUCUUGGCAAGUGCUAUGGGAUGGAGUGGUGCCCAAAAAGGAUAAGGCUGGGGACCCCAUUGAGAAGCACAGAGGUAAGAGGAUGAGAAAGGGGGUGCUGUGGUCAGUGAGUGGAGAUUUGGAAUGGUUUGCAUCAGAAUUUGGCUUUCCAUAUUCUGCAGCCAAUAUGCUUUGCCCCUUCUGCCUGGCAGAUCAAUUCAAGGAGGGGAGCCCCAGACCUUUCACAGACUUCAGGGCCACAGCAGCCUGGAGACAGACUACUCUACCUCCAGCCAAACUUCAGAAGAAAUUUGCAGGUCACCCACUUUUUAGAGGAGGAGGAGGAGCUCCACAUGCAUCAGCUUUGAGCAUUAAGUUGGAUAUACUACAUGUGCUUGACCUGGGAGUGGCAGCCUAUGCCCAUGGCUCCUUGCUGUGGAGCAUUAUGGAAGAGCUGCCAGGAGCAAGCAGAGCUGUGAGGCUAGCCAACUUGAACCAAAAAGUGGUGGAGGCCUAUGACAAGGUUGGGCUGGAAGCCCAAAAGAGGAUGAAGCACUUGUCUUUGUCAGACCUAGCAGAAACUGCAGAAGAAUACCCCUGCCUGAAACAUGUCAAAGGAGCAAAAAUUCGCUACUUUGCCCCUGCAGCCUUCGAGUUGGCCAAGGAGUUCAAUGAGACCAAGAGUGGGAAGCACAGAGAAGCACUGGCUAAGCAGUUGGUGAAAGUGUACAAGAUUCUUGGAAGCAGUUGGGAGUAUUGGGACUUUGAAGCUUUCAAGAAAGCAGUGGACGACUUCAUGGCCCACUACAGCUGGCUGGCAGCCAAUGCAUUGCAUGAAGGCUUGCACCUCUGGAGUUUAGUUCAGAAAUCCCAUGUUUUGCUUCACCUGGCAGAGCAGAGCAAAUUCAUGCACCCCUGCCUGAAUUGGACAUAUGGGAGUGAAUCCUUCAUGGGCUGGACAGUCCAAAUCGGUGGAGACUUGACCCACAUGAGAACAGCCAAGUUCUGGUGCCUCCUCCAGGCCUGGAAGAAGAUGAUGUGCAAGGAGAAAAUGAUGGGCAAGGAGAAGAUGAGAGGCAAGGAGAAAGCACACAAGCUGAAGAAGGGCCCCAGUGUGAAGAAGAAAGCAAAGAACCUGAAGGAAAUUAGGUGUGCAAACUAG